CCAGCAGCCGCCCGCCCAUCCUCCCUCGGCGUCAUCAUAGCGCCCAGUCUGAUGGCACAGAGGUCAUCCAGGGCGUCGUCGACGGGCAGAGCCGCGGGCUCCAGCCGCCGCGGCAGCAAAGGGACCGCGUCGCGCAGCAAAACGCGUCGCGGCGUCCAUCAUCCUCCGACCACCACCGCCACCACCACUACAUCCACGACCGCGAGCGACGACAACGAUGGCUACAAAGACGAUGACGGCGAAUAUAGAGACAAUGGCAAGUCGACCCCGAGCCCCCGGCCGGCCAAGAGACGCAAAGUCGCGUCGUCGUCCAACGGCGCCGCCGCCGACCUCCACCGCCGCCUCUUCGCCCGAGACGUUCCCGUGACUGUCCCCGACGCCUGCCUGCCGCCCGCCCGCCGCCACUCGCUCGACUAUCACAAGCCGCUGCUCCUUAGCGCGGACCACGGCCUGCAGGGGCGGUCCUCUCUGCUGUCGUGGUUCGACUCGGUCAGCGCGACGCGCGCCAUGCCCUGGCGCAAGCCGUGGAUCAACCCUCGCCUGCCCAACAACGACGACGAUGACGACAACGCGGCCGCCGCCCAGCAGCAGCAGCAGCUCCGCGCCCGGCUCGAGCGCCGCGCCUACGAGGUCUGGAUCAGCGAAAUCAUGCUCCAGCAGACCCGCGUCGCCGUCGUCAUCGACUACUGGAACCGCUGGACGGCGCGCUGGCCGACCAUCCACGACCUCGCGCGCGCCUCGCCCGACGACGUGCUCGCCGCCUGGCGCGGGCUGGGCUACUACAGCCGCGCGACGCGCAUCCACGAGGCGGCGAGGCUGGCCGUCGCGGACCCGCGCAUGCGCGGCCUGCUACCCUCGUCGGCCGCCGAGCUCCAAGCCCGCGUCCCGGGAGUCGGGCGCUACACGGCGGGCGCCAUCUCGAGCAUCGUCUUUGGCCGCCCCGAGCCCAUGGUCGACGGCAACGUGCUGCGCGUGCUGAGUCGCCAGCUGGGCGUGCACGCAAACGUCAAGACGGACCGCGCCGUCGUCGACGCCAUAUGGGUCGCCGCCGACGCGCUCGUCAAGGCCGUCGCGGAGGACAACGACGACGACGGCGAUGCGGACGAGAUAAUACUCGACGGCGAGGGCGCGCGCGUGAAUGACAGACCGGGCCGUUGGGGCCAGGCCCUCAUGGAGCUAGGAAGCACCGUCUGCACGCCCAAGCCCGACUGCGCGGCGUGUCCGAUCACGACGACGUGCCGCGCCUACGCCGAGGGCAUGGCCCUGGCCGACAACAUGAAGGAGACAUCCUCGUCUCCACGAGAUGCCGUCGUCGCCGACAUCGAGGAUGCCUGUACGCUAUGCAAGCCAAUGGAAGAGGACGAAGGCGGCGAUGUCGUCGAAACCAAGCCGCAGCAGCCCGCCGCCGCCGCAAGGAAGCAGCAGAGCGGCGGCGCGAAGCAGCUCUCCCUCGCCGACUUUGCCUUCAAAGUACCCGGCGGCGCCGUCCCGAAACCCGAGUCUCCCCGGACACAGACACAGGCCGCAAGUCGCCGCCGCGCCGCGGCCGUGCAAGCGGCCGCGGAGCACGCGCGCAAGUUCCCCCUCAAGGUGGCCAAGAAGGCGGUGCGCGAGGAGCAGACGCUCGUGUGCGCCAUCCGCCGCCCCGACGGGUCAUACCUGCUCGAGCGGCGACCCGAAAAGGGCCUCCUCGCCGGCCUAUGGGAGUUUCCGAGCCUCAUCCUGGACGACGGCAACAGCAACGACGACGACGAUAAUAACAACGGCGGCGGCGGCGGCGGCGGUCCGCAUGGUGCGCGACGCAGGACCGAGCUGGCCGAGGCGCACGCGGCCAAGAUGCUCUCCAAGACGAUGACGACGACGACGAGGAGCUCCGCGAGCCGAGGAAAAAACCAGCUCCGGCAUCUCGGCGAGCUGGGCAGCGUGCCCUGGCUGUUUUCGCAUCUGCGCCUGACGAUGCACGUGCACCUCUUCGCCGCCCCAGAGGGUGCCGACUACAACAACAACAACAAGGUCGCCGGCGGCAAGUCGAGACCGCUGCGUUGGAGCGACGACGUUGACGGCGAGAGCAUGGGUACGGGCAUGCACAAGUGCUGGGCGCUGGUCAAGGGAGCGGCAGAAGGAUGAUGAUGAUGUAUGAGGCGACAGGCGACAGAUGGAUGAGCGGUAUACAACGACGGGCGGAUGGAAAGGGACGACGGCGGCGAGCGUUCCUACUGCCUUUGAGUAGUGACUGGCCUUGGCUGCCGACCAUGGCAGACCGGGCCGUCAAGUCGUAUGAGCGGCUGGCUCUCGCUGUGAUGCCCGCGUGCAGUGUAUCCCGCGACUGUCGUCCUUGCUACCAGGUUCAACGCCGGCAGAGUUGGCCUGCCGUUGCGAGGCGCAGGAUCGGAUCCGAUCAUGGCAUCAACAACAAUGUGGCAAGCAGGGUGAUGAGCUCCUUUGUGCCGCAGAAGCUUGUUUCAAUAGUCGCGCCGCCGGCGCCGCCAGUGACAGACAGUCCGUCACCCGAUGACACAUGUCACUCAUACGUUCGCAAACAUGCAGACUAGACUGCCUUGGUAGUCGUGUAGCUCCGAGCCGUCAUCCAAGGCAUGCUCCCGCCAGCCAGGGCAGACGGUGAUGGGACGGCGUUCGCGCAUGUGGACAGGCCUCAUCUCCGGCGUACUAACAUACUGUACGAGUGCAUGGCGCAGAUCUGGCGAUGAAGCAUUCGUUCGAAAAAACGUUCUAGAACAGGGCGGCCUGUCGAGCAGCAGCACGCACAGGGGUGGGUGACAUUGGCGGAGGAGCUGUUCAUGCAUCCCGCGCAGAUCACGAUAUGCAAAUCACAUCACCCAGGGCCAGGGGCACCGCGCGGUGGGCGGCGACUGCUAGCUAUUUCCUUUUUAC